AUGGCCAAAAGACUGGUUCCCGUUAUAUCGCUUAAAGACUUUGAGCAACGCAAAGACGAAAUCACAGCACAGCUGAUAGAGGCAGCCGAGUAUGCUGGUUUCUUUACCUUGGUUGAUCAUGGUAUCUCGAAGGAAGACAUUGAGGCCCAAUUCUCUAUUUCCAAGGCUUUCUUUGAUCUCCCGGCUGAUGUAAAGGGCAAAACUCCCCAUGAUACUAAGACCAACAAUGGAUGGGAAUAUAAAGUGAGGAAUUCCAUCACCAUCCCAGUCGGAACCCCGGCCCAGCUGCGUCCUAGUACCGGCAUGUACGACCAGAAAGAGUCGCUUUGGCUCCAACGCAAGUCUGACUGGCCAAGCGAUGACCACGUGCCUGGGUUUCGAGAUACGACGCGUGAGUUCAUGGAGAAAUGUGCAGAAAUCUCCGACCAGCUCUUGACAUGCUUCGCACGUGCACUUGGCUUCGAAGAAGACUACUUUAAGAUUGCGAACGAUCCUUUUCAGCCGGACUGCCUAACUCAACUUCGUCUAAUUCACUAUCCACGGUCUGAGAAAGCUAUCGGAACAUGGAGGGCAGGAAGCCACACUGACAUCGGAUGUCUCACUCUUCUGUUCCAACGCGAUGGAGAAGAUGGAUUGGAAAUCUGCCCUGGUCGGGAAACUCAUUCAAGUUUCGCAGGGGAGACGUCUUCACGCCUCUUCCGGCUGAGACAGGCCCCAUUGUCGUCAAUAUUGGAGACAUGCUCAUCCAACUUUCACCGAGUGCGGGCUAAGGACGAUGGCAUAUCGCCGUCUCGAUACUCGAUUGCUUACUUCAAUCAAGCAAGGCGCGACUUCAUACUGCAGGGGCCGCAGAAAAAAUAG